UGCUCCGGAAGUACACCAAAUCUUUGGUUCACAGGAAAAGGAAAAAAACAGCUGUUGUUGGGAAACAAAACAGUAAAAAUGCCUGCCCCUAAAAGACAACAGACUUCUCAGGAUCCUCAAACUAAGAGAAGAAAGUUGGAUCAGAAUGAAGUGGCCAUGCCAUCUAACAAAAUGACACCAGCCUCUGCAACAUCAAGCAAGCCCCAUAGAGAAGGACCUUCACAGAGAAGGAAUAAGAAAAAGUCCCCAGCACAACGAAAAGACAGAAAUAAACCAUCAAAGUCCGGCCGUCAUUCCUCCAAGACAAGAUCAGCCAAAAAGGCCACCACAAGGACCAAGUCCAAUCCCCCUGUCAAGAAUGCUAAACUGCCGAAAGCCACAAGUACCUCAUCAAAUAAUCCCAACUCUAAAGGAACCCUAAAAAGACCAGCCAAGAUCUCAAAAACAGCUUCCACAGAGUCAGACGAGGAGCUUAUCAGAACUCGCAAACCCGAUUGCAUCAGAAAAUACUCUAAUGGGGAUAGAGGUAAGCGUAAAGGGGCACAGACUAACCCAAAUGAAGCAGCCUUACCCUCAGACCCUGUGCAAAUGGAUCACAAUUAUGGUAUACCCCCUGCAUCUUGUGGUAGUCAUUCUGAAUGUGAUCAAAGUCAAACGAAGGGAGUCACAGAGUCCACCAGAAGCCCAGAGAGCCAGAGAGAUGUAAAGAUGGGAAGUCAAGCAUCUUCAGUGAAGGCUUCAGAUUCCGUACCUAAACAACCUGAGCAGGUGAACCAGAGCAGUGAGACACAGGAGAUGCAGGGAAAUUCUGUGACUACUCCUACAGAUGAAGUUAAUGAGAGUGUAGAGACCAAGCCUGACACACAAAUAAUGUCUCCCGCUAUAUUAGCAUCCUCUGAGAAAGCUUCAGACCCCAUCCAUGAGCAGUUGAACCAGAGCAGUGAGACCCAGGAGAUGCAGGGAUAUUAUGUGACUACUCCUACAGAUGACGUUACUGAGAGUGUAGAGACCAAGCCUGACACACAAAUAAUGUCUCCCGCUAUGUUAGCAUCCUCUGAGAAAGCUUCAGACCCCAUCCUUGAGCAGUUGAACCAGAGCAGUGAGAUGCAGGGAGAUUCUGUGACUACUCCUACGAAUGAAGUUAAUGAGAGUGUAGAGACCAAGCCUGACACACAAAUAAUGUCUCCUCCCGCUAUAUUCGCAUGCUCUGAGAAAGCUUCAGACCCCAUCCCUGAGCAGUUGAACCAUAGCAGGAAGAUGCAGGGAGAUUAUGUGACUACUCCUACAGAGGAAGUUAAUGAGAGUGUAGAGACCAAGCCUGACACACAAAUAAUGUCUCCUCUCGCUAUAUUAGCAUCUUCUGAGAAAGCUUCAGACCCCAUCCCUGAGCAGUUGAACCAGAGCAGGAAGAUGGAGGGAGAUUCUGUGACUACUCCUACAGAUGAAGUUACUGAGAGUGUAGAGACCAAGCCUGACACACAAAUAAUGUCUCCCGCUAUGUUAGCAUCCUCUGAGAAAGCUUCAGACCCCAUCCUUGAGCAGUUGAACCAGAGCAGUGAGAUGCAGGGAGAUUCUGUGACUACUCCUACGAAUGAAGUUAAUGAGAGUGUAGAGACCAAGCCUGACACACAAAUAAUGUCUCCUCCCGCUAUAUUAGCAUGCUCUGAGAAAGCUUCAGACCCCAUCCCUGAGCAGUUGAACCAGAGCAGGAAGAUGCAGGGAGAUUAUGUGACUACUCCUACAGAGGAAGUUAAUGAGAGCGUAGAGACCAAGUCUGACACACAAAUAAUGUCUCCUCUCGCUAUAUUAGCAUCUUCUGAGAAAGCUUCAGACCCCAUCCCUGAGCAGUUGAACCAGAGCAGGAAGAUGGAGGGAGAUUCUGUGACUACUCCUACAGAUGAAGUUAAUGAGAGUGUAGAGACCAAGCCUGACACACAAAUAAUGUCUCCUCCCGCUAUAUUAGCAUCCUCUGAGAAAGCUUCAAACCCCAUCCAUGAGCAGUUGAACCAGAGCAGUGAGAUGCAGGGUGUUCAGGAAUGUUCUGUGACCACCCCUACAGUUCAAGUUAAUGAGAGUGUAGAGAGCAAGCUUGAUGCAUGUAUCAAGUGUGCAGAACCUGUAUCUGAACAGAGCACCAAGAUGCAGGAAAAUGCGACGACUACCCUUGCAGGUCUUGUUGAGGAACGUCUAGAGACUAAGGUCAAUGCAGAAAUAUUAUCUCCUCCAGCUAAAGGCCUAGUAGCAUAUAGCAGCAGUAGUGAUUCCGAAAGUGAGGAAAAUGAAAGGAAGGCAGUCGAAGAGUCAAGAGAUGUGACAAUGGAAACUCAAGUAUCUUCAGAGAAGGUUACAGACCCUGUACAUGAACAGGUGAAGCAGAGCAGUACGAGCCAGCAGAUACAGGAAGAUUCCAUGACCACCUCUACAUAUGAAGUUAGUGAAGGUCCCAUGACCACCCCUAGUGAGAGUGUAGACACCAAGCUUGAUACAAAUAUAAAGUCUCCAUCUAUAGAAGCGUUUUCAGAGGACGCUUCAGACCCUGUCCCUGAACAGGUUAAUCAGAUAUGCAUCGAAAUAGAGGAUAUGCAGAAAAAUUCCAUGACCACCUCUCCAGAUGAAGUAGUUGAACAUUUAGAUACCAAGCUUGAUGCAAAAAUAGAUAUCCCUCCACCUCUAGAAGGGUCCUUUGAGGAGACCCAUACGGUUGAAGUCAGUGAGAGUGCAGGGACCACGCUUGAUGCAAAUAUAAAGGGUCCACACCCUGCAACUGUACAUGUGAUGCAGAGCACUGAGAUGCGGGAAGAUUCUGCGCCCACCCCUGCAGAUCAAGUUAGUGAGAGUUUAGACGCCAAGCUUGAUAUCGAAGUAAAAUCUCCUCCGCCGGUGGAAGUAGCCUCAGAAGAGACUUCGGACAAUGUCUCAGAACAGGUGAAGCAGAGCGCUGAGAGACAGGAGGUCCAGGAAGAUACCAUGACCAUCCCUACAGAUAAACCUCGGGAAGGUUUAGAGACUAUGUCGGGUGCUAAGAUAAAGUCUCCACCCCUAGAAGCACUUUUCAGUGCUCUGAAGGAGUCCAGUCUUUGCAAACACCCCCUGUCUGACACAAUGCGCUCAAAUGUCAAAGAGUUUCUGGAAGUAGAGGAUUCCUUAGAAAUCAUGAAUAAAGACUGUGACUUUGGUGUGACGGAGAGCAUUGAGUGUACCUUAGACCUGGAGACCCCGAUUAUUGUUGAGGAUAUGGAGAUUGGUCACUGUGUUGUGGAGGUGGUGGGAGAGAAUGGGGAAGAUGUGGAUAUGGAUAGUGAUCUGGAAAUCAUAGACAACUCUAAGGAGGUGCCAGAGAAGACAGUCCAGCUAACCAAAGGGUCUGAAGAUGAGUGCUGUCUAGAUAACAGUGAAGCUGGUACUGAAAAGAAAGGCACACGCUCCUCUAACCAAGACAGCACAAAUAGUGUCAAGAAGGAAGUUGCCAAAAAGACACAGUGCCCGGAAAAACCUAAGAAACAGCAGAUGAACCCUCAGGCCCGGACUAAAGCACGACUAGCGGCGCUAGCUGAGCAAAAGGCCGCCGCCUCCAAAAAAGCGAGCAGGCAGCUCAACCUCCUUGCCUUAUGUGAGGAAAUAGCGGACGAUAUCGCCACGGACACCAUGCUAUUAAAGACGGAGGAAGAGGAUGAGCAGGUUGUAAUGGCUGAGGCUGAACCCAGCAAGGAGCCAGAAUGCCCACAGCCUUUCACACAGACUGAGACUGUCCCUAUCCCUCCAACUCCUGCCGGGCCCAAGGAGCCCUCUACCCCAGUAGCACCAGUUGCUGCAGUUUCUGCUCCAGCCAAGCCCCCAGCUCCAGAGACACCACAGAGGCGCUUCUUCAUCAGCCAAGUGACGGUGCCCCUCAAAAUCCACGAGAAGAAGAAGCUUACCAGGUUCCAGAGGCUGCGGCAGGUGGAGCUGCAGCGGGAGAAGAAUAUGUCCUGGACCAUGGUGAAGAAGCUCAAGUCCGAUCAGGCCAAUCAGAAGAUGUUUCCGGAGACAGAGGCUAAACCUGCCCCCCCAUUACUGUCCACUCCAGCAGUAGCAGCACCCAUCCCAGUGACCACAACACCCUCACCCCCCUCAGCCAGUCCAGCAGCACCCACAGUAGCUGCACCCUGUCCUACCCCAGCCGCAGCCAGCCCAGCAGUAACCCCUAAGCUUGAGCCCCUCAAAGUUGAGCCCCCCAAAGUGACCCCAAGUAAGGGACCCACCCUUAGAAAGAGGACACUUCCAGCAGUACCCCCGCCGAUGCCUAACGGGCUGAAAGCUCAGAAGGCCAAGCCUGUGGCGGAGUAUAAGCCUUACAAAGCCAGGCCCAAGUACUCUUUUGAUGACUUUCAACUGGAUGAUGAGCCGAAACCCACAGUGCAGAAGGCAGUAUUACCGACCGUGCAGAGGACGGCAUUGAAACCUACAUCUACCACCAUUCCGAGGGCAGCAGUGACACUUACGACAGCGGCCAAACAUGAGGACUCAAAACCUAUCGGCCAGAAGACAGCAGUGCCUACCAUGCAGAAGCCAGGGGUACCUACCGGCCAGAAGACGGCAGUACCUACCAUGCAGAAGCCAGGAGUACCUACCGGCCAGAAGACGGCGGUACCUACCGGCCAGAAGACGGCGGUACCUACCGGCCAGAAGACUGCGGUACCUACCGGCCAGAAGACUGCGGUACCUACCGGCCAGAAGACUGCGGUACCUACCGGCCAGAAGACUGCGGUACCUACCGGCCAGAAGACUGCGGUACCUACCGGCCAGAAGACUGCGGUACCUACCGGCCAGAAGACGGCGGUACCUACCGGCCAGAAGACGGCGGUACCUACCGGCCAGAAGACGGCGGUACCUACCGGCCAGAAGACGGCGGUACCUACCGGCCAGAAGACGGCGGUACCCACCGCGCAGAAGCCGGCGGUACCCACCGCGCAAAAAAUAGUUGUGCCUACCACUCAGAAGACCGCACCAACUGUGCAGAAGGCAGUUGUGACAAAUCCAACAGUGCAGAAGGCAGUAGACACACCGACCCCUAUGCCCGGAAAUAGCGGUAACGUUGAGGACUCCAAACUCACUGUACAGAAGGCAGAAGUGCUUAAACCCACUGUACAAAAGGAAACCUUGGUACCUACACUUACCCCUCAAACUGAGCAGAAAGCGGAAGCAUCACCUACGCCCAAAACUGCCAAAGAUAAGGAUUCCAUAGCACCAGUGUCUUCCCCUCCCUUUGAAGAGACCCCACGAGAUUCUGUUGACAAGGAUCAGUGUGAAGAAAAGCCUGCUGUUGCUGAGAUUAAACCGGCAUCCCCAAAGGUCAAGACAGAGGGCACGACAACAACAGAGUCCUCUGACUCUGUGGUCGUGCAAUCAGCAGAUAAUAGCAGUCCCCUCUCUGACGCAUGUCUGCAGAAAGAGAUAAAAAAACUAAAGGAGGCCGACAAAGAUGACAAUCAAACCACCACUGAUGCAGGGCAGAAGCACUUUGGAGCGGUGACCUGCGGUGUGUGUGGGAUGCUGUAUUCCGCUGCCAACCCGGAGGAUGAGUCCCAGCACCUGCACUUCCACAACCAGUUCAUCAGUGCUGUCAGAUAUGUGGGGUGGAAGAAGGAGAGGAUUCUGGGAGAGUACCCCGAUGGCAAGAUCAUCCUUGUCCUUCCAGAUGACCCCAAAUAUGCACUGAAGAAGGUUGAGGAGAUCAGAGAGAUGGUGGACAAUGACCUAGGCUUCCAGCAGGUGGAGACCAAGUGUCCCUCCCAGACCAAAACCUUCCUGUUCAUCUCCAAUGACAAGAAGGUGGCUGGGUGCCUGAUCGCUGAGCACAUUCAAGAGGGCUACAGGGUGAUCGAGGAGGCGGUACCCGAGGGCUCGGAGGGAGAGAAGGUGAUGUUUGAGCGUCAGAGAGCCUGGUGUUGUUCCACUGACCCAGAGCCAGCCCUCUGUGGCAUCAGCCGCAUCUGGGUCUUCAGCAUGAUGAGACGGACGGGCAUCGCCUCGCGCAUGAUCGAGUGUCUCAGGAACAACUUCAUUUACGGCUCCUACCUGAGCAAGGAGGAGAUUGCCUUUUCCGACCCAACGCCCGACGGGAAGCUUUUCGCUACACACUACUGCGGCACCUCGCAGUUCCUGGUUUAUAACUUUGUCAGUGGGACUCGUUCAGACCAACAGAGUCUUAGCGUGGUGUAAGUAAUCGCAUCAAGGUGGAUUUAUUGCUGAGGCCCAGUGAGACUUGCCCUCACCAACUAACCAACCAAUCUCUGGAUCUUGUCGUGGGGACAGCCUGUCACAAGCACAUUGUGGUUCUUUUAGACUGAAGAGUUAAGACUCAGACUGACUCUUCUGAGGGGGACAUCUUGGUUUUUAAUCUCAGGUUGAAAACAACAACUUGUUGUUUGAAAAAUAUUUAAAUUCUCCCUUUAAUCCCUGCAUAGUAUUUUGAGACAAAUAAUAUUUUUCUUUAUGUUUUUUAAAUAAGAAACAAGCGUUUUAUUGGAAGCAUUAAUGCGUUUACAUGCAUGAAACUUGACAGCAAUAGAAUACAAAGAGCAUUUCACAAUUCAUAGUUUCCAAAAAUCGGAGAGAUACACUACAUUUUACUCAAACGGUUCUAAAACAAUGCUGUGGUCCUGUUCUAAUAAUGCAUUGAAUUAAUUUUAGCCUCUUAAAUCAGGUUAAAAGUUGCUGUACUAAGGUGAAGACUUAUUCCUCUUGUGUAGGGGAUGUUCUUGCACACAUCAUGUUCAUCAUCUCUUGACAUUUCAUGCAGUGAUAUUAUGACCACAGAGGUUCCAUUAUGUGAUGGGGUACAUUGCUAAACUCAGCAAGAAAAGAAACGUCCUCUCACUGUCAACUGUGUUUAUUUUCAGCAAACUUAACAUGUGUAAAUGUUUGUAUGAACAUAACAAGAUUCAACAACUGAGACAUAAACUGAA